AUGUUAUAUCAAUCGGGAAAAUUAAUAUGUAUUGGGACUAAUUCAGUUGAUAACGGUAGAAUAGCCAUAAGAAGAUUUGCGCGUAUGAUUCAAAAGCUCGGUUUUGAUGUCCAACUAAACAAUGUUACGGUAACUAAUAUGGUGGCUACUUUUGCACUUAACCGAUCAAUAAAUCUGGCGGACUAUGGAUCAUUUAUUGGUAUUCGGGCCUAUUAUCAACCUCAGAGGUUUCCAUUAUUGAUCAUUAACUACGGUGACAAGAAAAAAGCAAACAUCUCCCGUACGGUUAUACUUAAAUAUUUGCAGACAUUAAGUGCCAUUAAAGGCAAAACACUGAUUGAAUCUCAAUCUCAAUACUAG